ACACAAUCCUCGUACGCUACCCAUCAGCCUUACAUUCAAUCCUACUGCCCAAAAUUUCACACACCACACUCUGUAGCUAGCCCAACUGUGGCAGCUGAAAUGGCCCUGAGUUCAUCUUUUUCUUCUCCCACUGCAAGACUUUUUCUUCCGCCUUCUCCCUCAGCUACUUCACCUUCCAAACCUUCUUUCUUUAAACCUCUCUUGAGACCCAUCUCUGUUUCACUCCCAACUUCAACCACCAUCUCUUUCUUGGCUGUCUUCACACCUUCUCAUGAAGCCAAAGCUUUCGCUCUUUCCAAAGAUCAGAUUGUCUCCUCUCUCACUGAUGUGGAGAAGACAAUUGAUCAGGUUCAGGAAGUUGGUUCAGGUUUCUUGGACACUGCGCAACGUGUUUUUGGGAUUGUUAGUGAUUCUUUGAAGCCUGGCGUAGACGCAGCAUUGCCAAUUGUAAGGCAAGCUGGGGAUCAAGCAUUGAAGAUUGCUUCUCCUGCAAUUUCAGAGGCCUCAAAGAAAGCCCAAGAAGCAAUUCAAAGCUCUGGCAUUGACACACAACCAGUUCUUUCUGCUGCUAAGACAGUGGCUGAUGCUGCACAACGGACCACCAAGGUAAUUGAAGAGGUGAAACCUAUAGCUUCCUCAACUGUCGAAACCAUUUUGUCAGCAGAUCCUGUUGUGAUUGUAGGAGGUGCUGGAGCAAUUUUUAUUGCAUAUCUGCUCUUUCCUCCCACAUGGUCCUUCAUCUCCUUCAGCUUCCGUGGUUACAAAGGCAAGCUUACUCCUGCUCAAACCCUUGAUCUAGUGUCUGCAAGUAAUUAUGUUAUGAUCGACAUUCGAUCAGAGAAGGACAAGGACAAGGCUGGCAUCCCCAGCCUUCCCUCAAAUGCUAAGAACAAGAUGAUUGCAAUUCCUUUGGAAGAGCUGCCAAGCAAGUUGAGAAGCCUUGUAAGAAAUGUAAAGAAAGUAGAAGCUGAAAUGGCUGCUUUGAAGAUUUCAUAUCUUAAGAAAAUCAACAAAGGCUCCAACAUUGUUAUCUUGGACUCGUACUCAGAUUCAGCAAAAACAGUUGCCAGAGCACUGACAAGUCUUGGCUUUAAGAACUGCUGGAUUGUAGCAGAUGGAUUUUCUGGAAGCAGAGGAUGGUUACAGAGUCGAUUAGGCACAGAUUCAUAUAACAUAUCUUUUGCUGAGGUUCUCUCACCAUCCCGAAUAAUUCCUGCAGCAGGUAGACGUUUUGGAACAACCAGCAUCAAAUUGCUUCCCGGAUCUGAUUAAAAUUUUUUGCCUCAUCCAGAUCACUGGACAGAAAUGCUUGAAUUUGCAUUCUCAGUUGAUAAUAGUCAUCUUGAAGCAUCUUUUGUAAUUCUUUUAAAUUCUAGUAAAUCAAAUUUUCUUCCCUU